GCUUGUUCUUUCAUAUCCACAUUCCUCGAUACAAACGUAGUAUACGGGCCUUGACAUACUUGGAUCGAGAAGCUUGAACUUGCCAGGUCGAAAUCUGUGGACAUGAGCUAGAAGCGUGGUUGGGAAAGCGAAUACCUGCCCUCUGACCGAUUGACUGACAACCUCAACAUGUUCUCGAUUUCGGGCAUCGGGAAACAGCUUAAGUCUGCUGCAGAAAACUUUGAACAGGCCGGGCAUGCUCUCCAAGCAAGGGCCGCACAGCAGCAGCAGCAACAGCAGCAGUCUCCUGCUACGCCUUCAUCAGGGUCGGCCAAGAAUAAGAAGCUCGAGCCCGAUGCAUCUUCGACUCGAUCUUCAGGAGAAUCGAGCAGACCUCCAGCUCAAGGCAAUGCGCUGGCUAGUCGUUUGAGCUCGCUUAUGGCGGCCAAGGCAGCUAGAGGGGCAGCUCUGGAACGCAGUGCAUCCCAAGCGUCGACCGAUCCUGCAAAAGACAACAGCAAGGGAGUGAUCAAGAAGGCAGAUCUAGCUAAACUAGACCCCGCCGACAUACCUCUUCCACCAUCCCCCGAUCUGCGACCUAGCGACAUUCCGCUUCCAGCAACUCCCCAAUCAGCAACUGCAACCCUUUUGUCACCAGAGCUCAAGCCGAGUGGAAGCACGUCACUAUUCAACACCCCUCGCAAUCUCGUAUCCAAGCUUCCCAGCAUCGCUAGGGCAUCUACACCCACUGCGGCCGCGCCGGCGGGAGAUGCGGGAAAGAGGGUCGAUUCCGAUCGAGACUUGUUCAGUCUUGGGUUGAGUGGAGCCGUCACACCGGCUGUGGAUGGAGCUGGCAAUGAGACUCCGGGGCACACGAUGGCGGACACGGAAGCGCUCCUGGCACAAGUAGAUGAACAGACGAAACCGUUAUCCGAGGGUGAAGACCCUGAUGAUGGUACCCCAAAGGACAUCGUCGAGAAUGGCACCGUUCCGGCUACUGAGGCUGCUCCUAAGUCCGUAGAAGAACUCGUCAAAUCAGAGGUGGAAAUCGAAGAUGUCUCCACCCUGUCGCGUGAAGAAUUGGAGGAGAAAUACAAGGCUCUUUCGCAAAAAGCUAAUAAAGCCGACGUCAUCCUCAAGAGCACUUCACCGCUGCUCAACGAGGGGAUCGCCGAUGCAGAUGCUCUCGAAGGUUGGGUGAAGAUGAUAAGCGGAAAGGCAGAGAUGGGUCCGACGGAGAUUAAGAGAUUGAAUGACAAGCUGGCUCUACAAGAGUCGAGGAUCGAAGAGCUGAGGGAUACGCACAGGAUGGAGCAAGCUUCGUCGACUGCGAUGAUUGAAUCUCUUCGGGAUCAGGUUGCCAAGAAUGAGACUUCCCUUUCGUCACAGGCCUCAACAGCACUACAAGUUGCUCAACUCCGAGCAGACCUCGCUGCUUCUCAGGCUCAACACAAGGAAGCAGACGAGAAGUUGACGAAGGCUGUCAAUUUGCUCAAGACUGUCAGGACCAAGUUGGUGACCGUGCAAAGGGAUCGGGAGGACGUGUCGAAAGCUCUUGACGAGGAAAAGAGGGAGAGGACGAAGUUGGUGGACACUCUGGAAAAACUCCGAGCUGAAAAGGAACGCGAAGUCCAGUCGCUUCGACAGGCAUAUGAGAAGGAGACUCAAGGAUUGAAGGAGAAGGCUGCCCGUGAAAGUUUAGCUGAAAAGCGCAAAUGGGAACUGGAGAUCAUUACAACGAAGGCAACGCAUGCAAAAGAUUUGGCUAGCAAAUCGAAGCAUCUCAACACCCUGACCGACAGUAUCAAAGAGCUCAAUGAGGAGAAAAGGCGCCAAUUCGAGUUGUUGCAGAGCCGUCAAGAGGAGAUUGAGACCGCCACUGCCGCUAAGGAAGUAUCUGAAGCAAGAUUGAAGGAGAUCGCUCUAGAAGCCAAAGAAGCACAGGAACGAGCGACGCUAGCGGAGGAUGCUUUAGCUGAUGCUCAACGGAGACUGAGCGAUGCACAGGCCAAUCAGAGAGCGGUUUCGCAGUCGACGGCCGGAAAUGACUCUGCUGCUUCCCUUGCCAAGGCUCGAGACCAAGCGGAAGCCCGACUCAAAGACUUGAAGUACGAGGUGACAAAGCUGGAACGCGAACGGAUCGAUAUGGAGGAAGAGCACGGUCGGCAACUUCGUUCACAACGAUCAGAGAUGGAGAGAUUCAGGGGUUUAUUAAGCGAUAAAGAGAAGGAGGCUGCAGCUAUCGCUUCAGACAUGAAAGACGCCCUGGACCGUGUCAGAGUGCUGGAGAGGGAAAAAGAAACCUUGUCCAUGGAUCUGGACGAUAUCGCGGCGACUCUGCGAACGACGCGGGAAGCUCAAGCCAAAGCCAGCGACGGAGAGACCUCGGUCAAACAGGAGACUGAUCUCCUCCGCGAAGAGAUCUCGAGAUUGUCUAGCGAGGCUGAAGACGCAAAGCAAAUGGUCAUACAGGCCAAGGCAAUCAACAGGAAUCUGCGAGAGGAGAUGCGACGUCUACAGUCAUCUGUACAGCUGUUGGAACGACAGCGAAAUCCUGGCGUUGGAUAUUGGUCCGCCGGUGGUGCCAAUCAAAACACCAGAACGGCCGCGGAUUUACCAGCAGAUGCACGGACUAGCAUCGAUUCGACGAAGCGAGUCGGCAAGGAUAGCCAGCCUCCAACACCCAUAGUCCGGGAAGUCAGUUCACCUGCUCCUACAGAAUCGGCACCGAGAAAUGAGGAGGAAGAAGUCAAUUUAGAAUAUCUACGAAACGUAAUCUUACAAUUCCUCGAGAACAAGGAGAUGCGACCCAACCUUGUGCGGGUCCUAUCUGUUAUUCUCCGGUUCACGCCUCAGGAACUUCGCCGGCUCAAUGCCAAGCUCUCAUCAUGACGAAACGUUUUGUCACGAAUCGCGCCCUAGACGACCGUUGUACCGCCAUAUGCUUACCGCGCGACAAGGCAUGUUUCAUACCUGACAGCCCCGUAUCCACCCCUACGGUUGCCAAAGGAAGGCGUACGUGCAUG